GGCUGGAUGAGCUGAACUCCCCGCCGUGACGGUCAGACCCCUGCCUCCAUCUGUGUCCCGUCCCCAGGCCAGGACCAACUACGGCCGCUGUCCAUAAGAGCCCAGUGUCUCUUUGCCACCAUCCAGUCAGCUAGAGACCCCUGCCCUGCUGUGAGUCUCGAGCCCACUUCUCCUGACUUCUCCGCCGCCACCUCAGAAGGCUGGAGCAGGGACGUGGUCGCUCCGGCCGCCUGCUCCCUUCGGGUCCCCGUGCGAACCCACGCCGGCCCCGGCGCCCACCAGCAGCCCUGCCUCUGGAUACCGGAUAAGGCCCAGCGCACAGACUCUCAGGUGGACAGCAUGGACCGUGACAUGCUCCCUCUGGCCAUUACCCUGCUGCUGGCCAUCUAUAGCUUCGUGCCCACAAGUCUCGCAGAAGAAGUCCAUUGUGAUCUCCAGCCUGUGGACCCCACAAGGGGUGAGGUGACAUUUACCACCAGCCAGGUCUCUGAGGGCUGUGUAGCUCGGGUUGCCAACGCUGUGCACGAAGUCCACGUUCUCUUCCUGGAUUUUCCCAAUGCGUUGUCACAGCUGGAGCUGACUCUGGAGGCAUCCAAGCAAAAUGGCACCGAGACCCGAGAGGUGUUCCUGGUCCUUGUUUCGAACAAAAACGUCUUCGUGAAGUUCCAAGCCCCGGAAAUCCCAUUGCACUUGGCCUACAACUCCAGCCUGGUCUUCUUCCAAGAGCAGCCAAGGGCCAGCAUCACACCAUUGCCGUCCCUCACCUCCAAGGAACAGAUCCUUGACUGGGCAGCCGCAAAGAGCGCCAUCACCUCCAUGGCAGCACUGGACGACCCCCAAAGUGUCGUCCUCCGUCUAGGCCAAGCCCCCAAGGCACCGCCCUUCUGCCUAGCAGAAGCUCAUCAGGACAUGGGCGUCACACUUGACUGGCAACCACGACCUCCGACCCCAGUCCAAGGCUGCCGCUUGGAAGGUGUGACCGGCCACAAGGAGGCGUACAUCCUGCGCAUCCUGCCAGGUUCUGGGACCAGGCCCCGGACAGUGACCGUAAAGGUGGAACUGAGUUGUCCGUCCGGCGAUCCCGACGCCGUUCUCAUCCUGCAGGGCCCUCAGUAUGUAUCCUGGCUCAUCGAUACCAACCACAACAUGCAGAUCUGGACUACAGGUGAAUACUCCAUUAAGAUCUUUCCAGAAAAGAACAUCAAAGGCUUUCUGCUCCCAGACACACCCCAAGGCCUGAUAGGAGAGGCCCGCAAGCUCAACGCCAGCACUGUAGCCUCCUUUGUGGAGGUGACGUCUGUGGCCAGUGGCGUCUCAUUGAGGGCCUCUAGCUGCGGUGGUGUGCUCCAGACCUCGCCUGCACCAGUUCUGACCACACCUCCCAAGGACCGGUGCAGCCCUGGGCUACUCAUGUCCCUCAUCCAGCCCAAGUGCGGCAACGACAUCAUGACUCUGACGCUCAAUAAGAAACACGUGCAGACUUUGCAGUGUACCAUUACAGGCCUGGCUUUCUGGGACUCCCACUGCCAGGCUGAAGACAGCGACGGCCAGCUCGUCUUGCGUAGCACCUACUCCAGCUGUGGCAUGAAAGUGUCAGCGCAUGUGAUCAGCAAUGAGGUGAUCAUCAAUUUCCCGUCAGGCUCACCACCACUUCGGAAAAAGGUGCAGUGCAUUGACACAGACAGCUUCUCCUUCGAGCUGGGCCUCUACCUCAGCCCACACUUCCUCCAGGCAGCCAGCACCCUCGAGCUGGGCCAGCAAGGCUUCGUGCAGGUGAGCAUGUCUCCAUCGACCUCUGAGGUCACAGUCCAGCUAGAUAGCUGCCAGCUGGAUCUGGGGCCUGAAGGGGACACGGUGGAACUCAUCCAGAGCCGAGCAGCCAAGGGCAGCUGUGUGAGCUUGCUGUCCCCAAGCCCUGAAGGUGACCCACGCUUCAGCUUCCUCCUCCGUGUCUACAUGGUGCCCACCCCCACAGCUGGCACCCUCAGCUGCAACCUAGCCCUGCACACUAGCGCCUUGUCCCAGAAAGUCUACAAGACAGUCUCCAUGCGCCUGAACAUCGUCAGCCCUGACCUGUCUGGCAAAGGCCUCGUCCUGCCCUCUGUUCUGGGCAUCACCUUUGGUGCCUUCCUCAUUGGGGCCCUGCUCACAGCAGCACUCUGGUGCAUCUACUCUCAUACACGUGCCCCCAGCAAGCGGGAGCCCGUGGUGGCGGUGGCUGCACCGGCCUCCUCUGAGAGCAGCAGUACCAACCACAGCAUUGGGAGCACUCAGAGCACCCCCUGCUCCACCAGCAGCAUGGCAUAGUGCCCAACCUGGAGCCUCGAGGGCCCCCCCAGCCAGCCCUUGCCCCGAAGGAGAGACGGAGCAACCACAAGCUGGGAACCACUGGCUAUGAACUUGUCCCGGAGCCAAACACCUCCACUCAGCAGAGGAUGGAGCAUGGCCCUUGCCCCUGAUGCGUCCCUCACAGAGGCUUGUUGCCAGUGGAGACACCACCUUGGAACACCUUGGGGUCUCUUCACCCGACUCUACAGAACUGUCCAACCCAGGGGCUCUAGAAUAUGGCUUCCCGAGACUAGAGAGACAAGGCAUAUCGCUGUAGAAGCCUAAGCUGCUGCCUUUGAACUGGAUCCUGUGCUGGUGAACCAGGCAGGGUAAGAGGUGAGAACUCCAGACGUGACCCGCCCAGGCCAGCCCAGCUCAGAGCUGCCUGCAUCUGGCUCCAGUGGCCUCCUCACCUGGACUGGCACAACUUUGGUGGGGGAAAGAGAAGCUGAAGGGUGCUCAGCUCAGCAGUCUUAGAAGAUGGCAAGGACAGUGGGGUGGGGGAGCCCAGCCCCUCUGAGAAAUGCCAGAGAGAGAUCUCCUCCCGGCCCAUCCACUGGGCGGCAGCAGGAGGGGAGUACCAAGGCUGCCGGUCCUGGGCCAAGCCCUAUAUAUUCACCAAUAAAUCAGAUGUGAAACCAG